CUUGCGCAUGGGAAGAUGGCGGCGUCCAGGUGGAGGUCUUGAGGAGACCAAAUCGGUAUGGCAUUGGCGUCGGGGCCCGCAAGGCGGGCGUUGGCUCGCCCCGGACGGCUCGGCCUUGGGAGCUGUGGGGCCCCUAGACGCGGGGCGUACAAGUGGGGCGUCCGCUCUACGCGGAAGUCCGAGCCUCCUCCCCCGGAGAGGGUGCACGAAAUCCCUGGAUUGGAGCCCAUCACCUACGAGGGGAAGAUGCACUUCGUGCCCUGGUUGGCCCGGCCGAUCUUCCCGCCCUGGGAUCCCGGCUGGACGCAUCCAAAGUUCCGUCGCGUUCCUCCGAUUCACGAACAUCCUUUGUACAAAGACCAGGUCUGCCACACCUUCCACCAGCGCUGCAGCCUCCUUGAGGGUGUAAAGCAAGCCCUCUGGCUUACCAAAGCCAAAUUAAUAGAAGGCCUUCCCAAGAAAGUGCUUAGCCUCCUUGACGACCCAAGGAACCACAUAGAGAACCAAGAUGAACGUGUUCUGAAUGUGAUCUAUCACGCCCGUCUCUGGCACUGCACUGGAGAUAUCCCCAAGAGAGAGACCUACUGCCCACUCAUUGUGGACAGCCUGAUACAGCUGUGUAAGUCCCAGAUUUCAAAGCAUCCUUCUCUGGCCAGGCGGAUCUAUGCCAAAAACUACAGGUUAUCUACUACCUGGAACCGAGAGGCUCUCCUCCUGCAGGUCCAUGGUUCCGGCGGAUCCCGGCUGAAUGCCAGGGACCCUCUGCCCCCUAUCGCCUCCAGAGAGGAAGUUGAAGCUACUCAGAACCACGUUCUUGAGACCUUCUAUCCCAUAUCUCCCACUAUUGGUCUUCAGGAGUGCAACGUUUAUGAUGAAAAAGACGACACAGGAUUCCAGGAGGGCUAUCCGUACCCCUGUGCGCACACCCUGUUUUUGCUGGAGGCAGCCAAUGUACGAUCUUACCGCUUUCCGCCAGACCAGCUGAGGGCCAAGAUGAUCAUGUUUGCCUUCGGCAGUGCCCUGACUCAGGCCCGGCUCCUCUACGGGAACGACACCAAGGUGCUGGAGCAGCCCGUAGUCGUGCAGUGUGUGGGCACCGAUGGGCGUGUCUUCCAGUUCCUGGUGUUGCAGCUGAACACCACAGAUCUGGCCUCCAACGAGGGUGUCAAGAAUCUGGUGUGGGUGGACUCAGACCAGCUCCUCUACCAGCAUUUUUGGUGUCUCCCAGUGAUCAAAAAGAAGGUGGUUGUGGAACCUGUAGGGCCGACUGGUUUCCAGCCAGAGACGUUCAAGAAGUUUUUAGCUCUGUAUUUGCACGGCGCUGUGGGAGCCAAGGAGCCUUCCGAGGCCUGAAGCCCUCGGCCCCCCUUACUGAAGAUCCUGCAUCCUGGGCAGUUCCCGGCCGGUUCUGGGCCUGCCUGGGGCCGUAGUGCUGUUGUGGCCCACUGGGCUCAGUGACAAUAAAGAGUACUUCCAGCGCCCUGGAGCCUAUGUUUGGUGCUGUCCGGAGGGGCCCACGGUGACUCGUGGGCCCACGCCGUGCGCCUGCCCCGUACAAGUGCGGGCCCUGCCACCUGGGCUGUCCCAGCUCUGCCCACAACCCGUUUUGUGACUUUAGACAAGAAUCUUUCUCUGAGUUUCAGUUUACUUGCCUGAAACUUAGGGCAUAAUAAUGUGGCCUGCCUUGGUUUGAAGACUCUAGCUUAUGUAUAUGUAGUGUCUGCAUAGAGUGUUUGCUGUGUUGGGUUGGCCAAAAAGUUCAUUUGGUUUCUUCCGUAAGAUGGCUGUAGUAGCAUUUUGUCGUCUUUAACUUCAUUUGAAAAAAUGUUGUUAGAUUGUAUUGUGACAGCUGUCCUAUCAGUGCAUCUAAAAAAAACCAAAAUUGGUGAAUUUUUGUGUAGCCAUUUUAAUAGUGAAGAUGAAAGAAAUUGUGCAACGUUU